AUUUUCCUGUCAGUUUCAAAUCAUUUUGGGCUAGUCGGGAUGGACAGUGUACAGUGUCUUCCCACCCUGUCUUUCUCGGUAGAUAUUGACUACAAGUCCCUGGAGGAUUUCGGAAUUUAUGUUGAGACUUCUAUAGCUGAAUUAGGACGCAAGAUAGUGGUUGGAGUUACGGGGUCAUUGGAUGUGCUCGGGCUGUGGAAUCCUGAGAAAGCUUUAUUUUGCGACGGUCAGACUGAAAAUACCAAUAAGUAUUUGUAUAAAUCAUAUACAAGGUGUCUGUUUUAGUACUGAAACAAGGCACUUUUCUCUCACACUUCAAUCACUGUCUGCGUUCCAAUAUCGUUUCUUCUUGGCGGAAUUAGUUGAAAAAAUUGACGAGAACGCUGCUUCACCAACUCUAAAGAUUUUGGCGUGGGAGUCCCGUUUAAAGCCCAGGGAAUUCUGUCCAAUAGGUAACAGUAUCCACUUAGUCCCAACUUCAGAUUAUUUAAAUACUACGGACAAAAAUACAUCGAUUCAUACGAAAUUUGGUGUUUUUGAAAAUGGAAACUUCAUUCAGCGUGGUUGGUUAAUAUCAAACUCUGAAAUUCAUAUUCGCAUGUCAAGUACUUCCUGCAAAUUCUUUAAAAACAACAUUUUCACUCCUCAUACUCAAUUGUUUGUUGCAUGCUCUAGAUAUGUAUUGCAACCAACGUCUAUUGAUGAUGAAGAUAAUGAAACAA